UAGAUUAACUUUAAUCUUGGAUUAACUUAUAGCGUUUUCGAUUUGCUGACUUGACCCGACUCCAAGUCAAUGGUUUGUUCUUUUCCACUGCAAAAAAAGUGAUAAACUGUGCAAGAAAUGAAGAUAAAAGGAACAGACCAUUGACCCGGAGUCGAGUCGAGUUAACAAAUUGAAAACGCUAUUACUCUUUAUCUUUUUCGAAUUUUUGGAACUAGAAUGAGAUAACAAGUAAAUUAAACCGAAAUUAAAGUUAAUCUACGUUAGUAGAAACGGCCCUUAAUAGCUAUAAAGACUUAUUUGAUGCUUGAACGACAAAUUCAGAUUACGUAUUUUGUUUUGUUUGUACCUUUGAUUAUAUUUUUCACGUGUGACUUGCAAUAUAUACUGAGACGUUUUAUUGAACAGUUAUUUAAUAUAUAUCAACAGGUUUUAACAAUUAUUUUCUUCUAAAUAAAAUACCUUUCGUUUCUAAAUAAAAAAUUAGGUUAUGUGUAUAUCGCUAUAAAUCAACACGCCGUCUGUUCGUUUUAGCUGCACUGAUCCAAUAAAUCAGAAUGAAAAAAAAUACACUUGUCUUGCUUUAAUUUAUUGCAUCAAUAUGCAGCAGUGCAGCCAGAAUGAAUAGACGAAUUGGUAAGACAUGGCAGCUUUAUCAAUGGUGUUCCAUUCUUGUACAGUGUUUAGAACGUUUUAUUGUAAUUAGAACUACAAUUCAAGCUACAAAAUUUCAGUCGUUGGAUAAGAGUGAUAAAUUUGUUGCUUUAAUUGUUUGUUUUAGUGGCACUUGAGAUUACACCUUUAUACUUUACCCUUUUUUACACUUUAAAUCUUUGCUUUCUCUCUUUCUCUUAAAUGGGAAAAUGUUUAUUUAUUUUGUUUUAAGUGCAAACAUUCGUGGUGGUUUCAAGCAACACGAACAGAUUUAGUGCCAGCCGUCUUGAAAAGUAAUUUAAGAAUUGUCAGAUAGCCUUUUCACACAAUACUUUUGUCUUUCUAAAUAAAAAUUUUAAGUGGGAAGUGACUUGUCUCGCAUAACACAAUAACAAUAACACAAUGUUGUUGAUGUUGAAGCCAGAUCAUAAGAAGCAUGUGUUGUUUCUAGCCGAACAAUUGUUGCCAGUAUUGCAGGAUUUCUGCAAAUUAGCUCUAGAUUAUUUGCAGAAGGGCCCAAACAUUAAGGUGUACAACGCUGCUGCUCAAAAGUUGAACGUCGAGCUAGAUGUAAUUAAGAAUUCAGUAGAGGGCUUGGUUAAUCUUCUUCUGGAAAGCUGCAAGCAUAAGCUGAGCGCAGAAGAUUUCCGGGAUUCUGUAAUUGCUUUAGGUUUCACAGAGGAUAAGGAGGCAAUACUAAGUAAAUUGUACAGUGUUAAGAAGGACGAGGUUUCAGAUGCGCUGGAAGAAAUUGGAUUUAAACUGCCCAAGUACCAUGACAUGGAAUGGAGAUUUGAAGUGCAGACUGCAUCCAGAUCUUUAUUGAAACAAGUUGUGCCGCUCGUCACCUUAGACUUAUCGCUGAAGAAUCCCGAUAAUCCAGAGAAAAUUGAACAUAUUCUGCUGCAAACUGAUCCGACCAACUUGCUUCACAUGACUCAGGAAUUGGAGGAAGCUCUGCAAGAAAGUCGCAGUCAGCAUAUUCGAAGAAUUUCUAAGACAGUGAAAUAAGGCUACAUCUGUGUUAUUAUUAUAUUUGAGGCAAUUUGUAAAUAUAUAAUAUGUAAUAUGCAAAUACUUGUAAAAAUAAGUAUAUAUAAGUUCAAGAUUAAAUAAAGAUUUUUAUCUAAAAGGA